GCCAUAGAGAUUCCCACACGCCAUUCUCAUUCCAUCCCCCGGGGGCUCGGGCUCCAACUAGAAGCACGGACGACACAACAGGAGCGGCAUGGAUCCCUCCGCGGCGAGGCAGCUCAGGCGGGUCCGCACGCUGGGCCGCGGCGCGUCGGGCGCCGUCGUGUGGCUGGCCUCCGACGACGCCUCGGGCCAGCUCCUGGCCGUCAAGUCGGCGGCCGCCGCUGGCGGGGCCGCGGCGCAGCUGCGGCGCGAGGAGCAGGUGCUGGAGGGGCUCUGCUCGCCGCACGUCGUGGCCUGCCUCGGCUCGCGCGCCGCCGCGGGCGGGGAGCACCACCUGUUCCUCGAGUUCGCGCCCGGCGGGUCGCUGGCCGACGAGGCCGCCAGGAGCGGGGGCCGGCUUGAGGAGCCCGCCAUUCGGGCGUACGCGCGGGACAUGGCGCGGGGGCUCGCGUACCUCCACGGCCGGUCGCUGGUGCACGGGGACGUCAAGACCAGGAACGUGGUGAUCGGCGGGGACGGCCGCGCCAGGCUCACGGACUUCGGGUGCGCGCGGCCCGUGCAGCCGUCGCCGUCGCCGUCGCGGCCGAUCGGCGGGACCCCGGCGUUCAUGGCGCCGGAGGUGGCGCGCGGCGAGGAGCAGGGGCCGCCGGCCGACGUGUGGGCGGUCGCGUGCACCGUCGUCGAAAUGGCCACCGGCCGCGCGCCGUGGAGCGACGAGGACGACGUCUUCGCCGCCGUUCACAGGAUCGGCUACACGGACGCCGUGCCGGAGCUGCCCGCGUGGCUGUCGGCGCAAGCCAAGGACUUCUUGCGCAUGUGCCUGGCAAGGCAGCCCCGCAGCCGGCCCACGGCGGUGCAGCUACUGGAGCACCCGUUCCUCGCCUCCGCGUGCUGCGAUGCCAAGCCGGCCAAGCACGACUGGCCGUCCCCCAACAGCACACUCAAUGCGGCAUUCUGGGAGUCCGACGAGGACGAGGAGGAGGAGGCCUCUGAGCGAGCGGUCGAAAGGAUCAGCUCAUUGGCAAGCCCCUGGUCUGGCUUCUCGGACUGGGAUUCCGACGAAGGCUGGACAGAAGUGCUCAGCGAGUGCUCCAAGGUCUCGGAGGCGCCGGCUGCCACGGUGACGACCGGUGCUGGUUUUGCCCUUAGGAAUGAAGCGCUGGACGCCGCCGUGGUUGAUCUCCACGACGUCGUCGUCGUGGAAGAAGGCGCCAUUAGAUUUCCAACGUGCAACGUAGAAGCUAGAGAUGAUUCCAGCAAGUGCCAGAGACAUUCGCGUGUCAGUGCAGGAGGCAAUGUAGGAAAUUUUUGUGAAUUUUCUAGGUGCCAGAGCCAUUCCAGGGUGAGCGUAGGCAGCAAUGUAGGGGUUGCUGAUGGCCUUGUCAAGUGCCAGAUACAUCCUAGGAUGAGCGUAGGCAGCAAUGUAGGAAUUGCUGACGAUGUUGUUAAGUGGCAGAGACAUCUCAGGGUUAGUGUAGGCAGCAAUGUAGAGUACCUGCGCCCGGUUGCCAGUAACCGUGGCGAAACUGUGGAGCUCGAUUGUCCUUGCAACGUAGAAGUAGAGCAUAAAUUCAAUUUGGUGCCAAUUCGGCCGUUUUGCUGA